AUGAAAUGCUUAUCACGCGAUAAUAGUGAAAGUGUAAAGGCAUUCUCGGCAGAGGUAUCGAGCCUCGGGAGACUAAAGCACCGGCAUUUAGUGGGGUUGAAAGGUUGGUGCAAGAAGGAAAAGGAUACGAUUUUUGUGGUGUAUGACUAUAUGGAAAACGGAAGUCUCGACAAGAGGGUGUUCGAGUGUGACGAUAGCAAGAUGUUGAGUUGUGAAGAAAGGAUAAGAAUUUUGAAGCAAGUAGCUUCGGGAGUUUCGUAUUUGCAUCACGGAUGGGAAUCGAAGGUGCUACACAGGGAUAUUAAGGCCUCCAAUGUUUUGCUCGACGAGCAAAUGAAUGCUAGGCUAGGUGAUUUUGGGCUGGCAUGGAUCCGUAAUCGUGAUAAUGGAAAUGAUCCUACCCGUGUGGUGGGUACAGUUGGGUAUUUAGCGCCGGAAGUUGUGAAAAAUGGGAAAGUAUCGACUCAAACGGAUGUUUUUAGUUAUGGAGUGUUGAUUUUGGAGGUCAUUUGUGGUAGGAGGCCGAUCGAAGAGGGCAAGCCGUUUUUGGUUGAUUGGUUAUUGGAGCUCUUGAGGAGAGGGGAAUUGGUUAGUGGGGUUGAUCCAAGAUUUAGGGCUAAUAGUGAAAUCGAUGAAGAAAGAGUGGAACAAAUGAUUCGAGUAGGGCUAUUGUGUGCACAUCCGGAUGCAAGUGUAAGGCCAACAAUGAGGCAAGUUGUGAAAUUUUUCGAGGAGAAGACUGAGAUUGAUGAACCAGAAGAUGAAGAUGAGUUUAUGCACAUUUUGAAAAAGAUGAAAGAUAAAGAGAUUUUGUGCAGUUCAGCUUCGAUCUCUUGGUCUCAUUCUUUUGGAGUGGGAAGGUAA